GGAAUCGCUCAGCUUGGGGGCGAACCUCCCCGAACAAUUUUCCCAAGCUCAAGCCUGUGGUUGCAUUUCUUGCGUGGUUGAGCAUGCCGCAGAUGCCAUUUUUGUUGGAUACCUGGCUGCGUACCUGGCGCGCACACUGGCCUGCACAAAAUGAAACGAUGUCCGCAUUCACAGUUAAACUGACUGGAGCUACUAGAGUAGACAGAUUUGCAACGCCAACGCGCCAACAUCCAGAAGAUUCUUCACUCCUUUCUCAAACGCAACUGCCUCGCAGCUGCUGCGGCUCCACUCGCUUCUCGCUUUUGGCAUUGACGCCGACGCCGCCAUGGGGAAGGUCUGCUCACUCCUUUCCGGGCGUCAAGGGCCAUUGGAUGUCACGGAUGUCUGCAAUGCCAUCAAGGAGGUUGAGCAGCGAGUCGAAGACUUGGGUCUUUUCCAUGGAGCCAGCAGAGACCUAACGCCCAAAGCAGCCAAGCAAGAGCCCUUGCAGGGGUCUCGUCGAAGCCUGCUGAUUGGCUGCAACUACGUGGGCACCUCCAACGAGCUCCAGGGCUGUGCCAAUGACGUGCGACGGAUGAUUCCCGUGCUGGAGAAGCUGGGCUUUCCGUCAGACCACGCAAAUCAAAAGGUGCUCUUGGAUGAUAAGGAGUCCAGUGGUCAUCAAGCGCCUACGCGCGCGAACAUGCUGGAAGCCAUGGACUGGUUAGUGGCCGAAGCGCAAGCUGGAGACGCCUUGCUGCUCCACUAUUCGGGCCAUGGGGGGCGUGAGCCGGCGGAGGGCGAGCAUGGUUACCAUGAGACAUUGGUGCCCUUGGAUUUCGAAACUGCAGGCAUGCUCCGGGAUACCGAGCUCUUCGAGCGCUUAGUGAAGCGAAUCCCCGCAGGUUGUCGCUUGACCUGCAUUUUAGACAGCUGCCACAGCGCCGGCGCUUUGAACCUGCCCUACAUCUUCGUGGGGACUGAGGAAGAGCUGCAGAAAGCAGUGGCAGGGGAGGCAGUGAGGAUGGCACUCGCUGUGAAGUGGAAAUCCGACUUUGAGAAAUGGACCCAGGGCUCCUCCAAGGAGCUCUUCACUGAUGUAAGCGCUCUUGGCAAGAAUCUCUGGCAGAUGUACCACGAGGGCUCCUCCAACGGCUUUCUCACCGACGAAGCCUCUUCCACGCAGCAGCUGGUCGCCGUCGGAGAGGUCGUGGCCCUCACCGGCUGCCGCUCCGACCAGACCUCCGCGGACGUGGCGGACGUAGCGACCUUCGGCUUGGUGGAGAACGCCGCGGGAGGAGCGCUGACCUCCGUCUUGGUGGAGGUCCUCGAGGCUGGAGAGGAGCUGACCUAUGCAGAGUUGUUGGAGCGGAUGAGGCAGGAACUCUCACAGAAGGGGUUCUCUCAAGUGCCGCAGUUCGUGUCCUCCUUGUUGGUGGAACUUAAGCAGCCUUUCAAACUGGACAGCAUUUGGGUGGAGGACACAGAGCAGUGAUGCAAGAGAUGCAUCUGCCAAUUCAGGUCAUAACCGACCAAGAACACGCUCACAUUUCGUGGGCCUUUUGCCUUUCUGACGUUUUUAGUGGUCGAGGUGUGCACCCAUUGGGCAGCUGCCCUG